AUGACGCCGAUGUGUGCAAAAGGGGCUUCCUGGAGAAAAGGGGCAUACAAACUUCAGAAAAGAUAUAGACAAAUCACGGCUGAGAAUUCAAACUUGACAAUAAACAAGCACAGCAACCGUUUUCCAAGGAUCUCAAGAUAUGGAAUAAAGGUACUCCACAACACCUCAGAAGAUUUUGAAAAUGUCGCUAAUGCUCGACUGAGCUUGGGCUGGUCCAUACUCCACACAUCUGGCAAAACAAGGCAACUUAUUCCUUUUUCCCUCGCCUUACUCAAGGCUCGUGAAAUCUCUGAGAAGUUAACCUCGCAGAUGAUAAGUAACUCAAUACUGGAAGUUGGAAGCGAGAAUUGUGCCUUAAAUUAG